AGCAUAUUAUCGCGGGCCAGCAUGUCACCAUGGGACAGCGAUACGAUGCAUGUCGAUCUGGGGGAUACGACAGACUUAACAGAUGAUUUUUGUCUACCAGAUCUCAUGCAAUCUCCUGCAUUAUCCAAAACAUCAUGUCUACCGAGAGCGUUAUUAUCAAAUACACCAUUAUCAUUAACGAUGGAUGAUUUAGGAGGGAUGGAGGGAAUAGAUGCCAGUAAAUGGACACCCCCAGCCUCUGAGAGAGAUUCUAGCUUAGAACCUGCGGAUGUCAAAGGUUUCAACGCAGUGCACCUAGCUGCCUACUACGGACAACACUCGAUCAUGCGACUCCUAUUAUCAGCCUGCCCAGAAGACACCGACGCUGUCAACGAUAAGGGCCAAUCAGCAUUACACAUCGCGGCUGCUGAAGGCCACACGGAAGUGGUACGCGAACUUCUCGACCUAGGCGCGAAUGCCUUCUUACAAGACAUCGACGGCCAAACCGUAUUGCACGCUGCGGCUUCAUUCCAUUGCACAGGGCGGUUAUGCAAGGAAAUGAAGAGGUUAUACGGUCGCUGUUAAAAAGAGGAGCCGACCCACGAACCACGAUAGCAUGAGAUGAGAUGAUGUACAACAUUUUUUCUACGAUGCCGCCUAAUCACUGUAUAUUUGCGGAGUCUUGUCAUUUAUUAGAUUCGGGCGGGCGGCAUUUAGGUCACGAGCUCAUAAACGAGAUAGCACGGCAUGGGGUUUUAUAAACGGCAUGACCUGGUAAAAAGGCGCCCGAGAGAAUCCAACACGAACAUAAAGAAUCAAUAUACCCAGAAAUUCAGAUUUCAAUGCAAAUUUACUUCAAAACCUUUCGAUGAACC